CCCUGAAAACCUCUGGAGCCCCUGGCCACCAGAAGUUCCAUCUCAUCACCAAGGAAGGCCCUGGUCAAGGAUGUCCCAGGACUCACAGAAACCCUCAGUACUCAGCCACGGGCCGAAGACGCCAUCAGGCAAAAAGGUGAAGGCUCCACGCUGUCCCCUGUCCCGGUCGAGGAAGCAGGGCCAUGAGCAGACUCUGGCGGCGGCCUAUAUGCCGGUGGUGGUGGACCCCAGGGGGCAGAGCCCAGACAAGUUCAGGCUCAGUUUCUACACCUCCCAGUACUCCAACACCCUGAACCCCUUCUACACCUUGCAGAAGCCUACCUGCGGCUACCUGUACCGCCGGGACACCGACCACACCCGCAAGCGCUUCGACGUGCCUCCUGCCAACAUGGUCUCGUGGUGCUCGUAGGCCUGUGCCAGUCAGAAGCCCCCUACCCUGCACCCUCACCCCCAUGAUCCCAGGUCCCAGAGGGGAAGGGCUGCUCCCUCCUGGAGGAGCAGAAAGUGCCUGGGCUAGGACGGCUGUGCCCCGCCCACUGUCAACAAUGGCAAAGGGAGUCUCACUUCUCAGCAGCAAUUAAAGUUUGUCCUUCCUUU